CUAUGCUCGUGACGUCACGGCGAGGCGGAAGCUGCCUCAGGGGGGCUCUUCGCCGUCCCCCAGGUUUGGGGGCCCAUGGCAGAGCAGGACUGGGCGCUGGAGCCGGGCUGGCUCCUGUCCCCCGCCGGCCGCCCCUACCUGGACUCCAUCCUGCACAAGAACCAGCGGAGAGUGUUCGGUCUGCUGGAGCGGCCGGCGCUGCCGCCCGCGCUGGCUGUGCCCACGGUCACCUACAAACUCUUCCUGGCGGGCAGGAGCGGCGUCGGCAAGACAGCGCUGGUGGCCUGGCUGGGGGGGAACCCCGCGCCCCCUGCCCACCACGAGACUCUGGGCAUCGAGGCCACCACGCUGUUCUGGCCGGCCAAGCCCCGCGGCAGCGGCCGGCCCGUCCUGUUCCAGCUGCACCUGUGGGACUGCGGGGACGGAGCGCUCAGGAAGUUCGAGCACCUUCUGCCCGCCUGUAAGGAGGAGGCGGACGCCGCCCUGUUCCUGUUCUCCUUCACGGACCGCGCGUCCUUCGAGGAGCUGCCGGCGCUCAUGGGCCGCGUGCUGGGCCCCGGGGACCGCCACCUCGUCAGGGUGGUCGUGGGCACCAAAUUCGACCUGGCCCCGCACGCGGCCGUGACGGAGGGGGACGUGCGGGCCUUCGAGGGCUCGCAGGGGCUGCGGGUGCUGCGGGCGGGGGGCCCCGCGGGGGCCGGCGGGGCGCGGGCGGGGCUGGCCCGGGUCGGCCCCGUCCUGGACUCCCUGGUGGAGCAGCUCUGGCGGCGCGACCAAGUGACCGUCGGGGUCACCCCGGGGGACACGGGGGACACCGCCACCUGAAC